CGCAAGUGAAUAACAACAAAAUGUUGACAAGCGUGGAUUUCGAACAGUCAAAAAGAACUGAAUCCAGCGAUCCGGUGGUAGAAAAUAUCUUCCUUACCGGUAAAGCAUGGGAGUUCCUUACCCACAAGGUCUUCGAAAACGAAGCGGGAAGCUCAUUCCUCAUGGCUGCAGGAGCAGUUGCCAUCGCCGUUCUAUGCGGACGUGAAAGAAGAGCAGCAGUAUUGGCACGAAACAUACAGCUAGGCCCAGGAGCAAGUCUUCGCACAUUUGGACACCCAAGGUACAGGGAACAUAUCCCUCGCAACCCACUGAUGAAGUACUAACUCUAGGCACGUGCCAGGAU